AUGUUUGCAUUUGGAUUUGAAGACGAGGACAUCGGUGGGACUGAGCCUAGUCAGAACGCUGUUAAUCCACUCGAUUCCCCCCAUUUAAAGGAUUCACUACCACCAGAAUGGGAAUCAUUAGAUUCGCUAGUUAAAAGUUUGAUUAACGUUAGAUUAUCAUUUGAAAAGUUUAGCACACUCGAUGGUAAUACACUUUUCAGAAGAGCGUUAUUUGACAUUAAGCACCAGUUGAUGGUUGAAGAUGAUGAUAGCCAAUUGGACAUUUUAACUUCAGAAGAUUUGAGAAAGAACGUCUAUGAAGGUGGAUUGAAAUCAUGGGAAUGUUCCAUCGAUUUAGUGGAUCAAUUAUCCAAGACGAAUAUCGAUGAAAACUGUGUGUUAGAACUAGGUUGUGGUACUGCAUUACCUAGUCUAUACGUGUUUGGACAACGACUUUUACAUGGCAAUGGAAACUUGAAGUUGAUUUUAAGUGAUUAUAACAAGAGUGUGAUCAGGUUAGUUACUCUACCCAAUCUAAUCAUUACCUGGUCACAAUUGGUAUUAACCGAUAACCAAAGGUGUCAAUUACAAAAAUCUGAUCAGAACGUUGUAGCUGAUGAAUUGCUUUUGACUCCCCAGCUUUUACAGGCAUUCCAGGAAGACUUGUCAACUAGAAAUAUCGACAUUCAAUUCAUUUCAGGUUCUUGGGGUCGUCAGUUCAUCAAUCUGGUCCAGCAACACUUGCCACCAUCAUCAUCACUACUUAAUCUAACUUCAGAAACUAUUUAUCAACCAGAAAACCUACCAGUGGUAGCAGAAACUCUGUUGCAAUUACACCAAGGGUAUCUUGCAAAAUCUUUAGUCGCCGCUAAGGACAUAUAUUUUGGAGUUGGUGGUAGUAUAGUUGAGUUUGAAAACUAUUUGAAUAAAUGUAUCAAGAGUCAACAGUUGAACAUCAAUUUCAACACUUUAAAGGUUAAUGCUGGUUUGAAAAGAUCUAUAGUGUAUAUACAUUGA